GUACACGGUAGGUACUUACUACUAGCCACUAUCACCCCGCUGUAGCCUUACUCCUGCAAGUUCGGUCCACCCCGCUAAGAACCAUAGCUUAAGAUGAAGACAUCACCAUUUUUGCAUAUCUAUGUGCUAUAGCUAGAGACGUCGUAAAGCAAAAAUGACGCGCUUCCGGCCAUGCAUAGAUCUCCACGCGGGGCAGGUGAAGCAGAUAGUGGGAGGCACUCUGGAUAGCUCAACCUUCGAGCUCAAGACGAAUUAUGUGUCAAAGCAUCCUGCGGGUUACUAUGCAAGGCUAUACCGUGACAAUGCACUUGAAGGAGCACACGUCAUAAUGCUUGGCCCCAAAAACGACGAGGCUGCGCGAGAAGCGCUAGCGGCGUGGCCAGGACAUCUACAAGUUGGAGGCGGCAUCAAUGAUAAGAACGCCGCGCAAUGGAUUGAACGGGGCGCAAGUAAGGUUAUCAUCACAUCGUUCCUUUUCCCAGAUGGAAAAUUCAGCCAGGAACGGCUCGACGCCGUGUUAGCGGCUUUGGGUGGCGAUAAGAAUAAGCUCGUCAUCGACCUCAGCUGCAGGCGCAAAGGCGAUGAUACAUGGUUCGUGGCCAUGAAUAAGUGGCAGACUAUAACCGACAUGGAGGUAACUGAAGAAUCGAUCAAGAGCCUCGAGCCUUACUGCACUGAGUUUCUUAUUCAUGCUGCCGACAAUGAAGGGCUGCAGAAGGGUAUCGAUGAGAAGCUAGUUCACAAGCUGGCUACCUGGUGUACCAUCCCUGUCACUUAUGCAGGUGGUGGGCGGAACUUGGACGACCUCGAGCUCGUCAAGAAAUUAAGCAAUGGUAGGGUAGAUCUGACCAUCGGAAGUGCAUUGGACUGUUUCGGUGGGACUGGUGUCAAAUUUGACGACUGUGUGAAGUGGAAUGCGGAGCAAGCUUCAUAAUCGCGUCCAGACAUAAAUGUAUUUUUAGAUGAAAACGCCUCAGAUGAGCUGUUUUGUCAGAUGUACCGUACCUCAAUGGCCUAGCAUUCUGUGAGCAAGUACCAACCGAAU